UAUUUCUACUCGCCGUGUCCUUUAUAUGGAAAUCAUAGGACAGGGAGCCAUUCCCUUGGCUCGUAUUGACGAGAAUUUGACUCCGCGGGAAGUGGAACAAAAAGCUGCAGAAUUAGCUUAUUUUUUGCGUGUACCUAUUGAAGUAUUUUGAAAAAAAAAAAGAACGCUUUUUUAGGGAAAAACAUUUUUUCGAAAUUUUUGUAUUUUAAAUUUAAAAAAGGGGCAUUCUUUUAUUUUGAAAUUCAACUUCAUUAUGAUAAGUGUUCUUUUUUUGUGUAUUCAUGAAAAGGAAUAAUUCCUUCGAAUCUUAGCAAUUGAUAUCUUCUGAUGAAAGGUUCUUUUUUUGUUCAUUCGAAUUGGGAGUGGAUUCUUUCGCUUUCUUAUUUUAUUAGGUUUCUGUUUUCUUUCUAAAUUAAAGAUUAUUAUCAUAAAGAUUAUUAUCAUAUAGGGUUUGACGAAACGAAUGAGGUGAAGCUGAGUUCAUUAAAGAUACAAAAUGGCAAAAAAGAAAGCAUUAAUUCCCCUUCUAUAUAUUACAUCUAUAGUCUUUUUGCCCUGGUGCAUCUCUUUCAUAUUUACGAAAAGUCUGGAAUCUUGGAUUGUCAACUGGUGUAAUACUAGGCAAUCCGAAAUUUUCUUGAAUCUGAUUCAAGAAAAGAGUAUUCUAAACAAAUUCAUAGAAUUCAAGGAACUGUUCCUAUUGGAUGAAAUGCUAAAGGAAUACCCGGAAACACGUCUACAAAACCUCCGUACCGGAAUUUACAAAGAAACCAUCCAAUUGAUCAAGAAGCACAACGAAGAACAUAUUCAUACUUUUUUGCACUUCUCGACAAAUAUUAUCUAUUUUGUUAUUCUAAGUGGUUAUUCUAUUCUAGGUAAUCAAGAACUAAUUAUUCUGAAUUCUUGGGUUCAAGAAUUCCUAUAUAACUUAAGUGACACAAUAAAAGCUUUUUCUAUUCUUUUAUUAACCGAUUUAUGUAUAGGAUUCCAUUCAACCCACGGUUGGGAACUAAUGAUUGGUUCUGUCUAUCAAGAUUUUGGAUUUGUUCAGAAUGGUCAAAUUAUAUCGGGUCUUGUUUCUACUUUUCCGGUAAUUUUAGAUACCAUUUUUAAAUAUUGGAUUUUCCGUUAUUUAAAUCGCAUAUCUCCCUCCCUUAAAUUUUCAGGAUCAAUGGAUUGGACCAUGCAAACUAGAAAUGCAUUUUCUUGGAUAAAGGAAGAGAUUACUCGAUCUAUUUCCAUAUUGCUCGUGAUAUAUAUAAUAACUCAAGCACCCAUUUCAGGUGCAUAUCCUAUUUUUGCACAGCAGGGUUAUGAAAAUCCGCGAGAAGCAACCGGCCGUAUUGUAUGCGCCAAUUGCCAUUUAGCUAAUAAGCCCGUGGACAUUGAGGUUCCACAAGCGGUACUUCCUGAUACUGUAUUUGAAGCAGUUAUUAGAAUUCCUUAUGAUGUGCAAGUGAAGCAAGUUCUUUCUAAUGGUAAAAAAGGUACUUUGAAUGUGGGGGCUGUUCUUAUUUUACCGGAGGGUUUUGGAUUGGCCCCUCCCGAUCGUAUUUCGCCUGAACUAAAAGAAAAGAUAGGUAAUCUGUCUUUUCAAAGCUAUCGUCCUACCAAAGAAAAUAUUCUUGUGGUAGGCCCUGUUCCUGGUCAGAAAUAUAGUGAAAUCACCUUUCCUAUUCUUUCCCCAGAUCCCAUUACUAAUAGAGAUGUUCACUUCUUAAAAUAUCCUAUAUACGUAGGCGGUAACAGGGGGAGGGGUCAGAUUUAUCCCGACGGGAACAAGAGUAAUAAUAAUGUUUAUAAUGCUACGGCAGCAGGUAUAGUAAACAAAAUUAUAAGGAAAGAAAAAGGGGGGUACGAGAUAACUAUAGUGGAUGCAUCAGAUGGACGUGAAGUAAUUGAUAUUAUACCUCCAGGACCAGAACUUCUUGUUUCAGAGGGCGAAUCUAUUAAACUUGAUCAACCGUUAACGAGUAAUCCUAAUGUGGGUGGGUUUGGUCAGGGGGACGCGGAAAUAGUACUUCAAGAUCCGUUACGUGUCCAAGGUCUCUUAUUCUUCUUCGCAUCCAUUAUUUUGGCACAAAUCUUUUUGGUUCUUAAAAAGAAACAAUUUGAAAAGGUUCAACUGUCCGAAAUGAAUUUCUAGGUCCGCACAUUUAUCAACAUAUUAAGCUCGUAAAAAGAAAUAAAUUUUAGUUUUGAUCAAUUAUGUAAUUCUAUUCUGUAUUCUAUAUAAUACAAAAAUCUUAAAAAGAUCUUUGCUUCUUUUUAGUCUUUUUUUUACCCCCUAUUCAGAAAAUUCUUUGUACUUGGUACUAAACAUAAAAAAAUAGACAGAGAAUAUAAAGAAACACUUCAGAAAUAGGAAUGGGAAAAGAAUAGAAAUGGGGAAAGUGGGAUUCUAGGAAGAAUUUUUUAUCUUUUCCUAGAGUCCGAUUCCUUCUUGCUUGUGUCUAAUGUGUGUAAAUAGAAAUUGUAAAAUUGUACAUAGAAUAAAACUUCCGGAUCCCCUUCCUGAAAGAAUCAUAUUAAAUAUCUUAGCUUAGUUUCUAUUUUCUUCAACUUAGAACCUUUUUGACAUAGAAUAUUUUUUUAUUGCCUAGAAUAGGUAGUGGAGUAGUGGACAAACAAAAAAGAGUGGGGUUUAAUUGACCAAAUACAACUUCUUGGAUUUACUUGUUUAGAAAAAAAAAUAUUUGAAUCAUAAUUCGAUACUAUUCGAGAGAGACUAAAAUAGAGGGAGAGUACGAUUCUAUUAGUAUAGAGGGGGUUUUGUGAAAUUUGCGCCGCCCAGACGAAAUAAAUCAAGUGAUUUCUUUGAUUCCUUCUUUCUUUUACUUUUCUUUCAACUUCCAAAAAAAGUAUUGACAGAUAAUCUCCAGGAAAGGGUGUUUUGAAUCAAUUCAUGAAGUUCACUUUACAAAAACAUAAAAAAAGAAAUGGAAUGUUUUGAAACAUCGGAAAAAGCUAUCCGUUGAGUUAUUUAUACUAAUAAAGAA